AUUAAAGAUAAGUCAAAAGCCCUCUGUGGCUCUCUCACUGCAGGUUAACAUCAGGGCAAGACAAUAAAUGUUCUACAGCUCAAACAUUUGUUUUUACUUUUGUAAACUGUCUCACGAAAAUCAUCAAGUAUCCCAGAUUUACUGUAAGUGAGGCUCCAAAGUGCUUGGCAGUUAUCCCAGAAGUUGUGGGAAAUACCAGGCUCUAUAUAUGGACAUCCUAUCUGGAGCUCCCUCCCAUUGCCUCAGAACUGUGCUUCACUUUCCGGUUAGAGAGAAAAGAAACUGCUCCAUCUCAGAGCUGACCAAUGAGAAGCCCCUCCACUUAAAUUUCAAACCAAUAGCAUUACUGACACACAAAGUGAAAGCAGACCAAAGAGGGUACAAAAGAGAUGGAUGCUCGUCAGGUUGUUUAUUAGACAUGUGGCACUCCAGAGUACAGAGCUUGACAGAGAAAGCAGGAACGAUGAAGCUGCUGCCAGAAAAUAUCAAGGUGCUUUAUUUUGCCAGUGACUGUGCAGAGCCGUAUGUUGAGAUUAUCAAAGUGAAGGACUCCAAGCGCCGCCUGAGUCUGUGUAGCUCGGAGGGCUCUGAAGCAGAGCAUGAUUACCACGAGGAAGUUGAUGCUCUUCCCGUCCUGAGCCAACACAGCCAGCUGCUGGAUGACCACCAACUGGAGACACUUGCUGCUCACAUGCCAGCCAGGACUCACGGCUGUCCAUGGCAACUGGUCUACAGCACAGCCGUCCAUGGGAGCAGCCUGCGGACUCUGUACAGGAACAUGGCCGAGCUGGACAGCCCUGUGCUGCUGGUCAUCAAAGACAUGCACAAAAAGGUGUUUGGGGCUUUUUCUUCUGAUCCCUUCAAAGUCAGCAAACACUGCUACGGCACAGGAGAAACCUUUCUGUUCAGCUUUAACCCUGAGUUCCAGGCAUACAGGUGGAGCGGUGAGAACUCCUACCUGGUGAGCGGCAACUUGGAAUCUCUGCACAUUGGUGGAGGAGGGGGUGGAUUUGGGCUGUGGCUGGAUGCUGAUCUGUACCGCGGCUCAAGCUUCUCAUGUCCCACCUUCCGCAACGCGUCUCUCUCCACACAGGAAGACUUCAUUGUACAAGACCUUGAAGUCUGGACUGUGAUGAACUGAAGAGAGAACAUUUGAAAACAUGAGCUAAAAACAAAGCAGAACCCACUGUCCUGUCUGGACAAAACUUCCAGACUUCAGGGAGCACCUGUGGUUCGAGCCACUACUGUACAAGACCUGAUAGAGCAGCUGCUAUCAUCUGUGCACCUGGCUCAGAUCGGCCCACAUACAGUAGUAGAGGCCUGUUGUGGUGGAUCUCAGGCUGGACUGGUUUGAUCUGUGCCUGAUAAAGACAAGGUGCCAGAUGAAAUCCUGCGAUUGAGGGUCCUGCUGCUUUAAACUACUGGUUAUGCAUCAGUGGCCCCAAUCUAAGUCCAGUCAGUAACUGGCAUCUGAUGCUUUAAACCCUCCAUGCCCUCCCUUCGUUGUGGGGAGCAUUAUAAUACAAAGUUCACAGUUACACUGUUGAAUAAAGAGAUUGUGACGACUGUAAGCACAUUCAGGAUUUAAGGAAAAUGUUUUUUCUAUUUUCUGUGUAACAGCCAUGUUUGGGGCAUUUUAAAAUGUGCGUUUACAGUAUGUAUCUGUGUGUGUGUGUGUGUGUGUGUAAGUGUGCAUAUGUUUUAUUUGCUAUUAUGGUCCCAAGGUUUAUGAAACAUACUUGGUGCAUAAAGGGCCAUAUGAAACUUUAAAAGAGAGAAAAAGAGAAAGUUAAAUGAUUACUUUAUGAUAAAAACACUGUAACAUGAUAGGACCUGCAAUGGCUUAUCUGGAUUCUAAUUGUACUUACUUAACGUGAGGUCUUGUUUUAAUGUCGUCCAUUUGAAAACUACUGCUGCAGAUGAAGACCUAACCACUCAGGAUGAGAAAUAAAAGUAUUGGGUUGCACUAUAAAUUAUGUAUUGCCUGUGAUGUAUGUGGUUUGUGGAGGAAGAGACCUCAACUGUUAUCUUUCACUUCUGUUUUUUGGAAAGUGAGACACCUGCCUGCUUAUUUGCAUUUACAGACAAUAUUUACAUGUAUUGACAAGAUUAUUUUACGUAUUUUUACUAUCUAUUUAUAAAUGUAUUUUAAAGAAAAUCUAAACAGAAACGCAAAGCAAAAAUUCUUGUUGUUCCGGUUUCAUAUUUCUUUAUGUUUGUGUGUACAUCAGAGUCUGCACUGCUAAUGUUGUUUUGUGAUACCACAUUAAAACUUUGUCUUUCCUGGUGAAAGACAAUGUUUUCAAAGCAUUCAUAUUUUCUUAUGAAUAAACCCUUAAAACAACA